GUUCGAAGGAUUCGGUAGUGAGCCUGCUAUCACAGCAGCUUCUUCUUUAUCGUUUUUAGAGCUACUUCCUGCUCGCUCGUGGUAUUGCACAGUUGCAGCCGCCUUCUCACGCAGAAGAGUUCCCACACGAGCCGUAAUUGGCCACGUAACCGGCGCUGUGCGGCAUGGCGGCCUCCUUAUCGACACAUCAGCUGCUCGCGGCACUCGCAUUAUGCCUGUUGAGCGUGCUUCAUGUCGCGUCUGCCGACGACCACCACUACGCCUUCACACAGCGGUCAGCGGACCACCCAGCGUGCCAGCGGGUGCUGACCAACACGACCAUCAACGCGCCGCCCACAGCCACUCAUAACCUGACGCUCAUCACGGUGGCCACGAGCAACAGGGGGUACCUGCCGGCACUGCUCGAGAGCGCCAAGCGGUACAAGAUCAACGUGGUCAUCCUGGGGUGGGGCUGGCGGUGGAAGGGCACCUCGACCAAGAUAUUCCUUCUUAAGGAGGCUCUCCGCUGCCUGCCGCCCGACUCGCUGGUCAUGUUCUCUGACGGCUUCGACACGUUCCUCAACUCGCCGCCCGAGGAGAUUCUGUCGCGCUUCUUCUCGUACCGGCGGAAGCUCAUCUUCAGCGCCGAGCCCGACCCUGCUGACGUCGAGGACCCGAUGCUGCGCUGGCUGAUGCUGGUGGGGCGUUACGUGGUGCACCACCUGCCGCACACGUGGUCUCAGGACAUCAACAGUGGCGGGUGGAUCGGAUACGCCCAGACGGCGUUGCUCUUUUUCGAGGAGCUCAUGACGACCAUCGAGGUGCCGUCCGACACCAACGACCAGCCGCUGAUCAACGCCUUCGCGUGGGAGUUCGGCCGCGACCGGUUCCGCGAGGACUGGGGGCUGGACUACCGCCGCGAGCUCUUCUACUGCCUGUGGCCCAAGAAGCUGCUCGACGCCUACUGGCAAACCCUCUUCCACUUCACCGACAAGAACUUCGACUGGACGGGGGUGCUCGACGUCGACCGGGACGAGAAGCGGGUGGUGCGCGUGUACAACGGCGUCAAGCCGAGCGUCAUCCACGCCAACGGGUGCAUCAACCUGGACUCGUUCUGCGCCGGGGUGGAGCUGCCGGCCAAGAUCAAGCGGGACAAGACGACCAAGCAGUGCUUCUUCAAGGUCUACUACGCCGUCCGGGCGGCCACCAUUGGGGGCGUGCUGGCCGUCCUGGGACUCCUGUGGCUCAUCAUCGCCAGGUGUUGCGGAAAGGUACGCGCGCGAACCAGCCCACGCCAUCCUUCUCUGAUGUGUGUGUGGAGUGUGUCUGUCUUUGUGUGUGUGUGUGUGUGUGUGUGUUGAUUGCUGCAGCGUCGGUCGCCUUCGACAGACAGUGCCCGGCUGGCCCAGCUGAUAGAGGACGUGCGGAGGCUGCAGGACGCCAUCGGGGUGGAACACGUAUGCACACACUCACACACACACACAUACAUGCAGAGAGGGAGGGGUAGAGAGAAUCGGUCACUGACAGAGUGCCUCUGUUGCUGCUGUGUGUGGUGUUAUUGCAGGCUGGCAACAACGGGCGAUACUACAGGAAAGGUGAGAGACGCACAGAAACGACACAAGAAAAUACUGACCCCCACUCCAUCCAUCAAUCCAUCCAUCCCAUGUUUCCAUAUAUCAGAUCCCCUGAUCAACGGGACGGGCAAGCCAGAGUUCACACCCGAGAGGGAACUGAGGAGGCGCAAGUGACGUGUGGCGUGCCUCACACACACACACACCACAGCCCAGCCACCUCUCCCUCUCCCUCUGCCUGGCUUGGCUUGGCUUUGCUUUGCCUUUCCCCCGGACGUGUGAAUAGCUCCCCCCCUCCCCGUCCCUCCCCGUCCUCCCUCAGUCACUGUCUUCAUUGUGCAGCCAGUCCAGUCCUCCCCUUGCCGUUCUGCCUGUCUGUCCGUCUGUGUGUCUGGUAGGUGUCGUUUUAACAGAGAGAGAGACAGACAGACACCAGGCAGGCCGAGAGAGUGGGGGCUGGGUGGGGUGGGUGGGCGGGUGGCGGGUGUGAAUGAGUGAGUGGCUUGGUUUAUCUAAAGGGUGACGUUUGUUUUUUCGGGGGCGGACUGAGGAGGUGUGUGUGUGUGUGUGGUUCGUUGUAUUGGCCCGUCUGCCUUUCGUCCGUCCGGCGAUAACGGUGCGGUGCACGGGUCGGGUGGACGGCGAUGUGAUAUACACACACAUGCGGUACGGACCUAUCUAUCUGCCGGUGUGACGACAAGCGAGCUGGUCACGUCACAAACAGGCAGGCUCCUUUUGCUUUCUGUGUAGGGGCGGGCGUGUGCGGAUGCGUGUGUUCUCUCCCUCUCCCUCUCGCGUCUCGGCAAGGCAACACACACACAGAGAGGGCCUAUUUAUCAUUUGGCCCUUCGUCGCCGCGCCGUGCCGUGCACCCUAUCUGCCUUCUCUCCCCUCCUGCCGUCUGUCUACCUACUGGUGGCCCUUGUUGCAUGUCAUGUGUGUGGACGUAUACAUAAUUCCGUCUGGUGAUGGGUAGAUGGGACGGAUGGAUGGAUGGAUAGAUGGGACGAGCGUCCUUUUUCCAUGGUGCCUGGCUGCCUGGCUGUGACGCUGCGUGUGCGUGCGGACGCGUGACAGUGACAUCAAUCGACAUGCACUACAAGUCGGAGCGCAGAGAGAGAGAGGCGACAGGAGAGAGAGAGGGCGGAGGACGAGUCUUUUUGCUGAUCUAUACGACACACAUGCGUACGAGUAAGUAUGAGUGUGGUGUGGUGUGGUGUAAGUGGCGCUGCUGCUGCCGCUGCUGCUGCUGCUGCGGGAGUCACCUGACGUGGCCAGCAAAGGUGAGGUUUGCUGGGCAAACAGUGGUGCAUGGCUGUCCGCUGCAUGGC